AUGAUGAUGGUAAUUAAAAACUCUUCCGUGAAAACUAUGGAAAAUUACCAAGUCAACAACAAACUUACUUCUUGCUUUGAAAAAUGUGCUUUUAAGAAAGGACAAUCGUUUCGUGCCAGAAUUACACAAAUCUAUGACCCUUCAAAAUUUUGGAUGGUUACAAAAUUUCGAGAACUCGAAGUGUUUCAAAAGUACUUGUACUGUGUUGUCUUUACUGAUGGGGGCUAUUAUCGAGGUGUGAUUGUUGGAUUCCCCGUCACUCACCAGAAGGAUCAGGAAGCACAAAUAUACUUCAUUGAUUACGGCAUGUUGAAAAUUGUAGAGAUGAAUAAUAUUUAUUUCAUGACUGAGAAGUUUUGUCAAGUGCCACGUUUUGCUGUGAGAGCGUCCUUAGCAGGAGUGUGUCCUAAAACUACGUCGCAAUGGACUUCUGAGGAUGUCUUCGAGUUUCAUCAAUUGGUAGACAACAAAAUUUUAAUGGGAUUGAUAGUUAAUAUUGACGCAAACAGACAAGUUUUGGAAGUGCAUAUUAGUGAGGAAAAACAUGGUGUUUCUAUGAUUCCAAUCCAUAAAAUGUUAAUUUCACAAAAACGAGCCAGACUUUUUCAUGAUACAGAGGAAACUUUUGACAAAGGUGUUUUACAACCAAAGCUAAAAUACCCCUAUUUAUUUCCUUCACAUGACGCCAUAGAAAGCGGGAAAAUUCCUACCAAUAUCAGUGACGCUGAAUAUCAAAUACAGUUCGCGUCGAUGUCUUCAAUUGUUGAUCGUUAUUAUCAAAAAAGGGAGACCAUUAAUGCUGACUAAAACUUUCAAAUUUGAUGCCACAUUUUUAUGUUGGUAGAUCUGCAUGUCAAUUCACAUUUUUUUAUUAAAGUGUGGUUAUGUUUAUUUUAUAUUUUAUAAAUAAAAAAUAAAAAUUU